UAUUAUUUAAAGUACUAGAUUACGUUUUUAUUAGUUUUGUUAAAAAACAAUUAAUAUAAUAUGCAUUUCAAGAACGCCCUUACUGUCUGCGCGGUGUAUAUCCUAACGUCGGCAUGGAGCAUAGAAUUGGACAGUGCUCAAUUGAUAAAGUUGAAUAAACUAUUUGAAGAUCACAAAAUGUCUACCAACGAAAUUAGCGAGAAGACAAUCGCAAAAGUCGUGGAAAAAACGUUUCGAACGGAAUGGAAACCACUUCUAGUUGAUUUUGAAUACGAGAAAAAUCAGUUCGAUUCUACUAAUUUAUAUAAUUUAUUGAGGGCGUUGGGGCAAGGUAACAUCAAAAACUCCAAAGAUAUCAAGGCUGACGGACUCACGCCUUUUGAACUGGACUUUUUCUUGGAGGAGUUCGACACAUGCCUCGAAUCUUAUGAACAUCCAAAGUAUAUUAAUUUUCAACAGCUUUCGGAAUCAUUCAAAUAUUGGAAAACGAUGAAAGAUGCUUUGAACCGAAAAAUAGAUGAAUAUAAAAUCGAAUACGGCGGUAAUACUCAUAUGCCGAGGAGGCGUUUUACUUAA